GCUUACGGCACCGACGGGCCUUAUCACGGGCUUCGGGCAAAGUUACCCUACUGGAGAGUUAACGGCGUUCAACCCGAUGAGUUCUCCAUGAACUACAUCAUGAUUGGCUAUACGCUGGACAAAAGCUACAUUCCCAGGCCAGGGACUGAGCCGCCUGCAAAGCUCACCAAUCAGAUCAUUGUCGGGCUCGUGGCCUGGCCUGCUUUAUACAAAGACGCUCUACCGAGACUGUUCGUAUAUCACACCAACGACGGUGGGGUGAAUCACCAUUGUUACAAUCACGAGUGUGGAGGUUUCACACUCACCAACAAGGAAUACGCGCUCGGCUGCACGUGGAGCGGCCCUGGCUCGGAGAUCGGAGGCGAACGAUAUGGCAUCACAAUGGGCAUACACAGGGACGACGCCAAGUUGAUCUGGUGGGUGUCGGUGGAGGAGGUGGACAUCGGCUACUUCUCGGAGGACGCGUUCGACACGGCCUUCCCCGAGGGCUCCUACGUGGAGAUGGGCGGACGGGUGCUCAACACCAGGCCAGGGGGGAAGCACACCAGGACGCCGAUGGGAAACGGCAUGCCCGCGUGCGCAGGCUCGCGCUUCGCGGCCACCAUCUUUGAGUACCUCGGUGUGAACGCCGGCGGGCAGCUCUUCUUGGACGCCCCAGAUAGGACCGUCACCACGACGGCCGGCUGCUACGGUGCAAAACCCAUCGGCUUCACCGCCGGCCGCGCUGGGUAUGUAGUUGCGUACGGGGGUCCCGGGGGCAUCUACUGCGACCAGCCAUGCUGCUAACCAGUAUACUGCAGUAGAGAAACUACUAGCUGGAUCAGCAAUCGCAGUAGAACCGAAGGGUAUUUUUUUUUGAAACAUCCAGCACUGGCUGGCUUCAUUUGAUUUAGGAGAGAACCAGCGGAGAUGUAAUGUUCUCAUGUGGAAUGAAAA